AGAACACCCCCCGGUCAUACAAGUGCAUCUGCAAGUCUGGCUACACAGGCGACGGUAAACACUGCAAAGAUGUGGAUGAGUGCGAGCGAGAGGAUAACGCGGGCUGUGUGCACGACUGUGUCAACAUCCCUGGCAAUUACCGAUGCACCUGCUACGACGGAUUCCACCUGGCACACGACGGACACAACUGUCUGGAUGUGGACGAGUGUGCUGAGGGCAACGGGGGCUGUCAGCAGAGCUGCGUCAACAUGAUGGGCAGCUACGAGUGCCACUGCCGGGAGGGCUUCUUCCUCAGCGACAACCAGCACACCUGCAUCCAGCGGCCCGAAGAAGGAAUGAACUGCAUGAACAAGAACCACGGCUGUGCUCACAUUUGCCGGGAGACACCCAAAGGGGGUAUUGCCUGUGAAUGCCGGCCUGGCUUCGAGCUCACCAAGAACCAACGGGACUGUAAAUUGACGUGCAACUAUGGUAACGGUGGCUGUCAGCACACAUGCGACGACACAGAGCAGGGGCCCCGGUGCGGCUGCCAUGUCAAGUUCGUGCUCCAUACCGACGGGAAGACGUGCAUCGGGGGAAGGCGGCUAGAGCAGCACAUCCCCCCCCAGGCCGUUUCUAAUGAGACCUGUGCCGUCAACAACGGGGGCUGCGACAGUAAGUGCCACGACGCGGCGACAGGUGUCCACUGCAGCUGCCCCGUGGGCUUCAUGCUGCAGCCGGACAGGAAGACCUGCAAAGACAUAGACGAGUGCCGCCUGAACAACGGGGGCUGUGACCACAUUUGCCGCAACACGGUGGGCAGCUUUGAAUGCAGCUGCAAGAAGGGCUACAAGCUUCUCAUCAAUGAGAGGAACUGCCAGGAUAUAGACGAGUGUUCCUUUGAUCGAACCUGUGACCACAUGUGCGUUAACACACCGGGAAGCUUCCAGUGCCUCUGCCAUCAUGGCUACCUGCUGUAUGGUGUCACCCACUGUGGGGAUGUGGAUGAGUGCAGCAUCAACCGGGGAGGUUGCCGCUUUGGCUGUAUCAACACUCCUGGCAGCUACCAGUGUACCUGCCCCGCAGGCCAGGGCCGACUGCACUGGAAUGGCAAGGAUUGUACAGAGCCUGUGAAGUGUCAGAGCAGUCCUGGUGCCUCGAAAGCUAUGCUCAGCUGCAACCGCGCUGGCAAGAAGGACACCUGUGCCCUGACCUGCCCCUCCCGGGCCCGGUUUUUGCCAGAGUCGGAAAAUGGCUUCACGGUGAGCUGUGGCACCCCCAGCCCCAGGGCCGCUCCAGCCCGAGCUGGCCACGCCGGGAACAGCACAAAUGCCAACCACUGCCAUGAGGCUGCAGUGCUGUCGGUUAAACAGCGGGCCUCCUUCAAGAUCAAGGACGCCAAAUGUCGUUUGCACCUGCGAAACAAAGGCAAAAUGGAGGAGGCCAGCAGAAUCCUGGGGCCAGGUGCUGCAUCCUGCUCCGACUGCCAGGUCACCUUCAUCCACCUCAAGUGUGACUCCUCUCGGAAGGGCAAGGGCCGCAGGGCCCGGACCCCUCCAGGCAAGGAAGUCACUCGGCUCACCCUGGAACUGGAGGCAGAGGUCAGAGCCGAAGAAACCACAGCCAGCUGUGGGCUGCCCUGCCUCCGACAGCGGAUGGAACGGCGGCUGAAAGGGUCCCUGAAGAUGCUUAGAAAGUCCAUCAACCAGGACCGCUUCCUCCUGCGCCUGGCGGGCCUUGAUUAUGAGCUGGCCCACAAACCGGGCCCGGUAGCUGGGGAGCGAGCUGAGCUGGUGGAGGCCUGUAGGCCUGGGCAGCACCGCACGGGGGCCAAGUGUGUCAGCUGCCCGCAGGGAACGUAUUACCACGGCCAGACGGAGCAGUGUGUGCCAUGCCCAGCGGGCACCUUCCAGGAGAGAGAAGGGCAGCUCUCCUGCGACCUUUGCCCUGGGAGUGAUGCCCACGGGCCUCUUGGAGCCACCAACGUCACCACAUGUGCAGGUCAGUGCUCACCGGGCCAGCACUCUGUGGAUGGGUUCAAGCCCUGCCAGCCAUGUCCCCGUGGCACCUACCAACCUGAAGCGGGGCGGACUCUGUGCUUUCCGUGUGGCGGGGGCCUCACCACCAAGCACGAGGGGGCCACCUCCUUCCAAGACUGUGACACCAAAGUCCAGUGCUCCCCGGGGCACUACUACAACACCAGCAUCCAUCGCUGCAUCCGCUGUGCCAUGGGCUCCUAUCAGCCUGACUUCCGCCAGAACUUCUGCACCCGCUGUCCAGGAAACACAAGCACUGAUUUCGACGGCUCCACCAGCGUAGCCCAGUGCAAGAACCGUCAGUGUGGUGGGGAGCUGGGUGAGUUCACUGGCUAUAUCGAGUCCCCCAACUACCCAGGCAACUACCCAGCCGGCGUGGAGUGCGUCUGGAAUAUCAACCCCCCGCCCAAGCGCAAGAUUCUUAUCGUGGUACCCGAGAUCUUCCUGCCGUCUGAGGACGAGUGUGGGGACGUCCUCGUCAUGAGAAAGAACUCCUCCCCAUCCUCCAUUACCACCUAUGAGACCUGCCAGACCUACGAGCGCCCCAUCGCCUUCACAGCCCGCUCCAGGAAGCUCUGGAUCAACUUCAAGACAAGCGAGGCCAACAGUGCCCGUGGCUUCCAGAUCCCCUAUGUUACCUACGAUGAGGACUAUGAGCAGCUAGUGGAAGACAUUGUGCGAGAUGGUCGGCUCUAUGCAUCUGAAAACCACCAGGAGAUUUUAAAGGACAAGAAGCUCAUCAAGGCCUUCUUCGAGGUGCUGGCUCACCCCCAGAACUACUUCAAAUACACAGAGAAGCACAAGGAGAUGCUGCCAAAAUCCUUCAUCAAGCUGCUCCGCUCCAAAGUUUCCAGCUUCCUGAGGCCCUACAAAUAGUGCCCUGUGCCCAAGACCCAGGUUUUGAAGACCCCAGAUUCCUCAGCCCUCAGAGCCGGCAGCCCCCACCCCCAGAUAAGGAACUCUCUCCUCUCUUUUAGAGAAAAAAAAAAUCACUAUAUAGACCAAGAACUCUCCCUUUCUGUCGCUCUAGCCUCCUUUCCUUGUCUCUCUGCCUCUUUUUCUCUCUCUUUACCUGUCUCCUGUUUUUCCUUUUCCUGCAUUCUCCCUGGAAAAGCCAUUUAGUACUGGCUGUGUUCCCCCUGAGGGGUGCAGGAACAGUACCCCUCUCCAGCCACACUGCCCACGUUACCAGCUCACAUCCCUAACCCCUUCAGCUUAGAAGAAUGCUAGAGGCCCAAGAAAGAAAUGGGUCUGCUGGGGAAUGGGGAGGGAGAAGAGGGGCUUCUGCCAUUAUAAGGUUGUGCCUUACUAGUCAGGAACCAAAAUGUCCCCUGGCUGGGCUCCCCAGCUAUCCCCCUCCCCCCAGGUGAUUCUAACAGCCCAAGGUUCUGCCAAAGAGGCCUUUGACUUACAGGCUUAAUGCUAGCACUGGUCCUCUGGGGCACGUGGUUUGAGCACUGGACCUCGGGUUUGAGCUCUGGACCGCCCACACAGCCGCUUCCGGGUCUAGACAGCUCCUCUACUUCUGCCAUGUCUGCUUGGGUCCAAUCCACGAGGGCUUACAGAAGGCCCACACCACUGGGCUAGUGGACACAGCCGAGUGAGGAAGAGCAGCAGGCAUUACCAUGUUGAAAGUGCUGCUGUCACUCCCCAGGAGAAAGACUAUAUAUGUAGCUCUGCAGGACAGAAACCAGGUUCUAGAGCAUCGCCAAGAAAAAGAAAAAAGAAAAAAAAACAAAGAAAUUGCAUCAUCUAAAGGACUAGACUACAGAACAACUGGAAGCCAGCCUCAAACCCUAAUCCUUUUUCUCGUCUUCCCUGGCCCAGCCAUCCCCUCACCCUGAUCCGAGUGCUCCCUGGGGGAGCCCUACUCCCCUUGCUAAGUGUUGUCCUUAAAGAAACGUGGCUGCUAAGCAGAAGCCA